AUGCCUGAAAUGUCUUGCAAACAUGCGAACCAAUUCUUCACACAGAAGACAAAUGAAACUGCAUACAAAAAUAUAAUUAACCAUCUUGCUUUCCCAAAGUCCAAGCGUGAAUUCACUCAUAAGGCUUCAUUAUAUUGCACUUUAUGCAAAACACGAGGUGAAGAUUUUGACGUUUGCAAUAAAGAUUUGAUAAGACCUAGAUGUUUGCUCGCAUGUGCUCAUUGUAUUCAUUUCGCUUGUUGGGAUUAUCGUCAUAUAUAUUUACACAGAGAAGACCAUCCUGAUCAUUAUCUUUCUGUUUGUACAGAACGUGGUGAAUUAUUUUGUACUGGUUGUGGUGAUUUUGUUUACCAUUCUGUGGCUGAAAGUUUUCAUCAGUCUGCAUGUCGCACUUAUUUAGCUCAAUUUGGUUUAUCCAAUCGUUAUUGGAGACCAUCGUUUAAUGAAUUACGCCUCAUACCUCAUAUCACUCCAGUAUUACCCUUAACUGUAAAUGGCUGUUCUGGAGCUAUGCGUGGUCUUAUCAAUAUGGGCAAUACAUGUUUCUUAAAUGUUGUCAUACAAGCGUUGACGCAUACACCCGUUUUACGGGAUUAUUUAUUGGCUGAUUUACAUAGGUGUUCAAGUCCAACUCGAUCACGUAACUGUUUAGCUUGCGAAAUGGUUCGCAUUACACAAGAGUUAUAUAAACCCGUUGUUACUCCAUUUGUACCAAAUAAUCUGCUGUAUGCAAUUUGGUUACAUGCAAGUCAUUUAGCUGGUUAUGAACAACGGGAUGCUCAUGAAUUUCUUAUAACAUUGUUGACUUUAAUACAUGGUCAUCUUGUUGGCGAGGAAUCACCACACGAUCAUGAAGAGAAUUGCACAUUGACUGGACAAAAACUUAUCAAUGAUCAACAAUCACGCUCUUCUAAUCCAAAUCGUAAUUUUAUUAAUACAAAUCAUAAUUUACUACAUCAUCAUCAGCAUAAUAGUAAAGUGAUUAGAGAAACGCCGAAAAUAAUCAAUUCAACUGAAUGUAUUCCACAACCGGAUUCAAAUUCACAAGCAUCAUCAGUAUCGAGUUCUCGAGAAAGUUCCGAUUCUUGUGAUUGUAUUGUUCAUCAGGUGUUUUUUGGUGAUUUGGAAUCUGUCAUAUCAUAUGAAGGUUGUGAGCAUAGAUCAUCAACAGUAGAUCCAUUCUUAGAUCUUUCAUUAGAUGUAAUUCAACGUGGUUCUACUUCAUUGCAAGCAUGUCUUGGAUCCUAUUUUCGACCAGAAUUAAUUGAUGGUUUAAUAUGGUGUUCACAAUGUAAUAUUGGUCGACCGGCUGUUAAACAAUUCAGUUUACUUCAUUUACCUAAUGUUUUAUGCUUUUAUCUCAAGCGUUGUCAUCAUGAUACGAAAAUCAAUACAUCGAUCACAUUCCCUGUUGAAUUGGAUAUGGCUCCGUAUUUACAUCAAAUUGUCGGCGACCAAUCAGCUUGGUAUGAUAAAUAUUCUCUAUAUGCUGUAUUAAAUCAUAGUGGUCAAACUAAUUCUGGUCAUUAUACAGCUUAUAUACGUGUUGGUCCUGGUGCUUGGUGUUUAUGUGAUGAUCAAAAAGUUGUAUCAGUUAAUUUAAAUGAUGUUUUACAUACAGAUGCAUAUGUAUUAUUGUAUCAUAAGAAUUUAUUAGCUGUACGCAUUUAA